UGGACGCGGUUGUGCAAUAAUGAUUGUCUUGUGGCUGAUCGUUGCUUUAAGUGUGCUGCUGCACUGGCUCCAUAGAGUCAACAAGGACUACAACAUUCUGUCCUUCUUCGCCAAAAGAGUUCGAACGAAGGAUGGAACGCCAGUGGAGAGCAUCGCACCCAUUCCCAAGGGUAGAACCAUAUUUGCCAACACCUUCGACUUGUACGGCAGAGACCACGCUGGUGUAUUUCAACACUCGCGUGAUCGCGCUGCAAAAAUGGGCAUCAGCUACCUUGAGUACGGUGUUGGAACGUCCAUUUACAACAUCAUCGAUGCGGAUAAUGCCGAAAAUGUAUUGAACCACCCGAAUCUGAUAACCAAGGGACUGGUCUACAACUUCCUUCAUCCAUUUUUGAGGACUGGCUUGUUGACAUCGACUGGAAAGAAAUGGCAUGCACGACGCAAGAUGCUUACACCGACUUUCCAUUUCAAUAUACUUAAUCAAUUCCAGGAGAUCUUCAAAACGGAGAGUCAAAAGUUUCUGCAACAGUUCAAGGGUCAAGAUGAGGUAACCAUAUCGUUGCAAGACGUAAUACCGAGAUUUACCUUGAACAGUAUUUGUGAGACGGCCAUGGGUGUUAAGCUGGAUGAGAUGGCCGAGAAGGGUGAUCGCUACCGGGAGAACUUCAGCCAGAUUGAGGAAUGCUUCAUUCGCCGCUUGAGUAACCCCCUCCUGUGGGGCGAUUCACUGUUCAAUAUGUUUGCUGCCAAGGAUUAUGCUUCGGCCCUCGACGUGGUUCAUGGGUUUUCCAGCGAAAUUAUUGCCAAGCGUAGGGUUUUGCUGGAGGGUGAGCUGGACAACAAGCGAACCACCCAGACUGCAGACGAUGAUGUGUUUAUCACAAAGAAGCGUUUCGCCAUGCUGGAUACCUUGAUUUGCGCCGAAAAGGAUGGCCUCAUCGAUCACAUUGGCAUUUGUGAGGAGGUGGACACCCUCAUGUUCGAGGGCUACGAUACCACUUCAAUCGGUCUCAUAUUUGGCCUGAUGAACAUGUCUCUGAAUCCGGACAAGCAAGAACUAUGCUUCCAGGAGAUCCAGGAGAACAUAGAAGAUGACUUAAGUAACUUGGACGUGGGUCAACUGAAUAAGCUAAAGUACCUGGAGUACUUUAUGAAGGAAACCAUGCGUUUGUAUCCUUCGGUUCCCAUUAUGGGUCGCCAAGCUACUCAGGAAACGGAGUUGGCCAAUGGUUUGAUCCUGCCGAAGGGUUCUCAGAUAACCAUUCAUGUCUUUGACAUCCAUCGUAAUGCCAAAUAUUGGGAUUCCCCAGAAGAAUUCCGCCCCGAGAGGUUCCUACCCGAAAAUUCCCAGAACCGCCACACCUACGCCUAUAUUCCAUUUAGUGCUGGCCAAAGAAAUUGUAUUGGUCAAAAGUAUGCCAUGCAGGAGAUGAAAACCCUGAUGGUGGUUCUCCUAAAACAGUUCAAAAUUCUGCCAGCAAUCGAUCCAAAAGACAUUGUCUUCAAUACGGGAAUUACUCUGCGCACCCAAAACAAGAUUCACGUGAAGCUUGUCAGGCGAAAAAAAGUUUAUUUGUCGAGAGAAGUCUGUGGCUGCUGUUGUCUUAAAAUGAUUGUCUUGUUGCUGGUCGGCGCCUUAAGUGGGCUUCUGUACUGGCUGUAUAGGAUUAACAAUGACUACUGUGUUCUUGCCUUCUUCGCCAGAAGAAUCCGAACAAAGGAUGGACAGCAUGUAGAAAGCAUAGCUCCCUUGGCCAAGGGUACUACCGUAUUUGCCAACAACUUUGACUUGUACGGGAAAGAUCACGCUGGCGUAUUUAAUCACUCGCGUGACUGUGCAAAAAAAAUGGGUGAGAGCUAUAUUGAAUAUGGGAUGGGAACGUCCAUUUAUAAUAUUAUCGAUGCGGAUAACGCCGAAAAUGUACUAAAUGAUCCAAAUAUGAUAAACAAGGGACUAGUGUACAAUUUUCUACACCCAUUUUUGAGGACUGGUUUAUUGACAUCCACUGGAAAGAAAUGGCAUGCGCGACGCAAGAUGCUCACCCCGACCUUUCAUUUCAACAUACUGAAUCAGUUUCAAGAGGUUUUCAAAACAGAGAGUAUAAAGUUUCUACAACAGUUUAAGGGUCAAGAUGAGGUAAUCAUCUCGUUGAACGAUGUUAUACCCAGAUUUACUUUAAACAGUAUUUGUGAGACGGCCAUGGGUGUUAAACUGGAUGAGAUGGCCGAGAAGGGUGAUCGCUACCGGGAGAACUUCAAACAGAUUGAAGAAUGUUUCAUUCGCCGCUUGAGCAACCCACUUCUGUGGAGCGAUUCACUGUUCAACAUUUUUGCUGCCAAAGAUUAUGCUUCUGCCUUGAAUGUGGUUCAUAGUUUCUCCAGCGAGAUUAUUGCCAAGCGGAGAGUUUUGCUAAAAGAUGAGCUGGACAACAGAGGAUCCACCCAGGCCGCAGAUGAUGAUGAAUUUAUCACAAAGAAGCGUUUCGCCAUGCUGGAUACCUUGAUUUGCGCUGAAAAGGAUGGCCUCAUCGAUCACAUUGGCAUUUGUGAGGAGGUGGAUACCCUCAUGUUCGAGGGCUACGAUACCACUUCAAUCGGCCUCAUAUUUGGUCUGAUGAACAUGUCUCAUAACACUGACAAGCAAGAAAUAUGCUUCCAAGAGAUCCAGGAGAACAUCGAUGAUGAGUUGAGCAACUUGGACAUCAGUCACUUGAACAAGCUCAAGUACCUGGAAUACUUUAUCAAGGAAACAAUGCGCCUGUUUCCUUCUGUUCCCGAUAUGGGUCGGGAAACCAGUCGGGAUACGGAGCUAGAUAAUGGCCUGAUCCUGCCAAAGAGCUCCCAGAUAGUCGUUCAUGUCUUCGACAUCCAUCGAAAUCCCAAGUACUGGGAUUCCCCGGAAGAGUUUCGCCCGGAAAGAUUCCUGCCGGAAAAUGCCCAGAACCGUCAUACCUACGCCUACAUUCCAUUCAGUGCUGGCCAAAGAAAUUGCAUUGGUCAAAAGUAUGCCAUGCAGGAGAUGAAAACGCUGAUGGUGGUACUCCUGAAACAUUUCCAGGUUCUGCCAAUUAUCGAUCCCAAGGAGAUUGUGUUUGAAACGGGAAUAACUCUGCGAACCAAGAACAAAAUUCAUGUGAAGCUCGUGAGAAAAAAGUGACUCAGCUUUGAGGGAAAAGAUUUAUUCCAGGAACUCUGUGAAUCAUAAAAUGCAACGUAGAAUGCCUCUAUCCAAA